CUUCGCAAAGGUCAGUAAUCAAGUCUUAUCUCUACAAUGUCUCCAUCUGACAAAAAGAUGGCACGCUCAAAGCAUUUGGCGCCUCACAUCGGGCACCUUUCUCGGUCUCAAGUGGCCGCUAAGAGAGGUCUUCACAAAGGGAAGAAAACUUCCACCGUCCCUCCUAAAACAGAAACUCCUGCGACUGUGGAGAAAACUGUUGGCGGCAAGGCCAACGGCGAGAAACGUUUGGUGCCAACCACCAAAGCAUCCAAAUACUAUCCUGCUGAGGACGUCCGUAAACCCAAACUAUCCCGCAAGACGAACGGUAAAACCGCUCUUCGCGCAUCUAUAACCCCCGGUACUAUCCUUAUCCUUCUCGCCGGUCGUCACAGUGGUAAACGUGUCGUCUUCCUCAAACAACUCGACAGUGGUUUACUACUCGUCACUGGACCUUUCAAAUUGAACGGUGUCCCAUUGCGUCGAGUUAGCCAGGCUUAUGUCAUCGCUACUUCCACACGAGUCGACAUUGCCGGUGUUUCCAUUCCUGAAUCCAUCAACGACGCUUACUUCGCCAAGGCCAAGGCCGCCAAGUCAACGAAAGAGGGCGAGUUCUUCGGUGAAGGGAAAGAGAGUCAGGGCGUUUCUGAUGAGAAGAAAUCUGAGCAAAAGGCCGUCGACGCUAGCCUUCUCACGGCCAUUAAAAAGGUCGACAAACUCGCUCAGUACUUGAAGACCACUUGGGGUCUGUCAAAGAACGACAAAUUCCACAAGAUGAAGUUCUAGACACCGAGUAUGCAUGUACACUGGCUUUCUAUUCAUGUUAC